CUUUUAAUGACAUCACAAGUUGCACAUGCCUAAUCAAAACCGGAAACAGACACCAAAUCGGACUAAAAAAAGGAGUACGUUUUACAGUAUAUAGCCUCGGUAUAGUUUGAGAAUUUUGGAACUCCUAAAAAGCUCGGGCAUUGCACUUGCACGCAUCUAAGAUUCUCUGUUCAACACCUGACAAUACUUUUGCAUCUUCCUUUCCCAAUCGCUAGGGUUUCAACACCGAUUAUUCUUUACUUUCUGAGUCAAACACCGGCCAGGGCGCGUUGUAUUAGUAUAGUCCCUUGCGCUUUUAAUCAUCACCAGUCACCACCACCAUCGUCUAUCUUUAGCUUCAGUCCUCUGCCUUGGCCUCUAAGUACCGAAGAUUGAGUAUUGCCCAGAAAAUCGAAAAGGGGGGAAAACGAGGCUAUGGGAGAUGUGUUGGCGUGGCUGCUCUUCUUCUUCAUACUCGUUGCUCUUGCUGUUAUGAUCAUUUUCCAGUUUAUGUGCUUGGCGGAUUUAGAGUGUGAUUAUAUCAAUCCUUACGACUCGGCCUCUGGAAUAAACAAAGCGGUUUUGCCAGAAUUCAUCACUCAAGGAGUUCUAUGUUUCCUCUUCCUAGUAACCGGACAUUGGUUUAUGUCACUUCUGUGUGUUCCUUACCUGUACUACAACAUCAGAUUGUAUCUUCGAAGGCAGCACCUAGUUGAUGUAACCGAGAUCUUUAACCAGCUCAAUUGGGAAAAAAGGCUAAGACUUGUCAAGCUAGGGUAUAUCGCGAUUCUUCUCGUCAUGAGCUUGUUCUGGAUGAUUUACAGUGCUCUCGAAGAUGACGUGUAGUCAGCUGUUCUAUUUUUUUCCCCGCACUUUGGUGGCACGAGCAUUGCAAACUGCAAGCAACUAGCUUUGACUGGCUAUUUCAGUUCAACUUGUGUGCUUGUAAGUUGCAAUUCGGGUUUAGUGCUGGGUGUAUUAGAUAUUUAGUAUUUAGUAUCAACUUAUAUAUUGACUCGUGCCAGAGUCGAGUACCGUUUCUUGAUUGAUAGUGCAAUCCAGUUGAUUUGUUUGUUUAUUUUUAUUUUUAUUUUUUAU